UCUCGUUGCCUAGCUAGCUUGCAACAUCUCUCUCUUUAAACACAGCGUUUUAAGGUCGGAUGCACGGGGCUGACACAUCGCGACGGCCGUCGAAGUCUCUGAUGGAUCGGAUGAAGACUAGCUGUUUAUCCGUGGCAGUCUCGCUUAAAGAAGGGCUUAGCUACGUCAAAGCCUUCUUUGUCGGCCAGACAAAGAGGUUGACGGCCAAGAACGAGAAAGAAGCUACGGAUGCUCAUCUAACAGAGACAAAAAUGCAAGUUGAAGCAACCGAUGAAGCAGAGAACGCCAAGAAGAGGCUUCAUCAAUCUUCUUAAUGUUUUUUUUGGUAAUUUAAUGUGGUUUUACUAAUUCGAAGGGAAUGUCUUCUUAACUAUAAGGAGAGAAAAACAAAUCUUAUACAGGAUAUUGAUUACCGUUGUCUUUAGAAAUGGUGUGACGCAUUCCGCAAGAUUAUAUGUUUAUGUUCUUCCACGAGA